AUGUCGGAGCUCUCCCAGUUUAUGCUGAGCCCGUUUAAGGCGGGAGAAGGGCCGCGGUCACGAGAGAAAGGAGGCCUGGUCUCAGUUGGGUACGGAGACGACGACUUCACCCGUCUGGAUGGGGACGAGGACGGGUAUGAAGAAGAGGACGAUGAGAACAGCAGACAGUCAGAAGAUGACGAUUCAGAGACUGAAAAACCUGAGGCUGGUGACCUAAAGGAAUUCUCAGAAGUGGAGAAGAGAGAUCCUCAGGAGCUAGUUGCUUCUUUUUCAGAGAGAGUGCGGAACAUGUCUCCAGAUGAGAUCAAAAUCCCUCCUGAACCUCCUGGCAGAUGUUCUAAUCACUUGCAGGAUAAAAUUCAAAAGCUAUAUGAGAGGAAAAUAAAAGAGGGCAUGGAUAUGAACUACAUCAUUCAGAGGAAAAAGGAGUUCCGCAAUCCCAGCAUCUAUGAAAAGCUGAUCCAGUUUUGUUCAAUUGAUGAACUCGGUACAAAUUAUCCAAAGGACAUGUUUGAUCCUCAUGGCUGGUCAGAGGAUUCAUAUUAUGAGGCACUAGCUAAAGCCCAGAAGAUUGAAAUGGACAAAUUAGAGAAGGCCAAGAAGGAACGCACAAAGAUUGAAUUUGUGACUGGCACUAAAAAGGGUACAACAACAAGCGCUGCUUCUACAACCACCACAACAGCCAGUACCACUGUGGGAGAUGCCCAGAAGAGGAAGAGCAAGUGGGACUCGGCCAUUCCUGUAACAACGAUAGCUCAGCCCACCAUUCUCACCACUACUGCAACACUGCCAGGCGUUGUCACAGUGACAACCAGCGCAAGUGGAUCCAAAACUACAGUCAUAUCAGCUGUUGGCACCAUUGUGAAAAAGGCAAAGCAGUGACUGGUGUGCUGGGCCGGGAUUUUCGGACUUAAUUGUCAUUGAAGUUAUUGUUCUCGGAAGGGAGGGGUAGCUUUCGCCUUUGGUAAAAGAUGACAAGAUUCUUUGAAACAGACCACAGUUCCCUCUUGAAAGAAUGGGGACAGGAGCAGGCAUGCCAGCUGUGUGCCCACAGGAAUGGACCUCUGCCGAAAAUGCCUCU